AUGACAGGGAUGGACGUCUUGGGUUUGAGGGACUCAAACCCGAGCAUUCAGUACAAAGCGCCCUAUGCGCAUCCUUAUGCUUCCUCGAUCUCCUCCUCGGCAUCUUCCUCAUCUUCUUCCGUCUUUUCCCUGGAUUGUGUAUCCAACCAGAGUUCCAUCUCGUCGACUUCUACGAACCCGGUGGAUGUAAUCUGGGAAAAUGAAGGCGAAUACCAGGUGGCUGGAAGGACCUUGACUUCGGCGACUAGCUUGCGUGGCGGUGUGAGGGGUGUGUUGCCCAAAGCUACCGAUGCGGCGGUCGCGCCCGAGUUGCGGAGGCAUCCUCGGCGCACCAACAGCUGCAUGGCUCAGUCCAGCGGCGUCAGUUGUGCCCGACCUCCGCCAUGCCUCUUGCGACAGUCGGAUCGGAAAGUCAACUUCGUUGACAAUCUCGUCGACACCGCCUCGCAGAUUGUGGAGAUAAUCUGGCCCUUGUCAGCAGUGGCAUCUCGCAGCGACUCUGCCACAGGCUGCAAAGGUGUUUUACCCCUUCGUACUUUCAUUCAGGAGACUCUACGUCGGUCGCGCACCAGCUACAGCACUCUGCAGGUUGCCCUGUAUUAUUUGAUCAAGAUCAAGGAGCACGUGCCUCGCUACGAUGCGGAACAGGAACAACCACCCCGGAGUAAACCGGUCUGCCGUGCCAUGCAAUGUGGCCGUCGCAUGUUCCUUGCCGCUUUGAUCCUUGCAUCAAAGUACCUUCAGGACCGCAACUACUCUGCCCGUGCUUGGAGCAAGAUCUCCGGCUUGAAUACCGCGGAAAUCAACCAGAACGAGUUGAUGUUUCUUGAAGCGAUUGGUUGGAGACUACACGUUACCGAAGCCACCUUUCAGCGUUGGACGGACAUCGUCCUGAAGUACACCCCGGGAGCUGGUGGGCCUUUUACUGGAGAAGGCCAGUGCUGGCGAACGGUCAUCCCCAAGCUCACUCCUGAACUGGACACAGUGGAUGUUGAGCCUUCCACAUCCUCUAGUAUGGUUGGAUUUGAAUCGGGCCUUGUAUCGGACUCACCUUCUCCUCGUUCCCCAUCGACGGGCGAGCACCCCAGCGCGUCAUCCAUCUACAAUCAGGGAUCGGCGUAUCAGCGGUACUCGCCCAUGUCUGCUGGAGCAUCGUCUCUUCCGUCCAUGCCACGACCACCUAUGCUGCCAACGCCUCAGUUGACGCCUCAGACGGUCAUUGCUACCACUCCUGCUGCGAGUGCUAGCGCCUUCUGUGCCCGCCGGGCUUCCAUCUGCGCUGCUAUGUCACAAGUGCAAAAUGUGUGCAUGGCGCGGUCGACUCUCGAUCAGCGCCCGUCGCUGGCGUUUUGCCAAAAGGCUAACACGUUCGAUGGAUACCCGACCGUGGUACGCAGAUCGUCUCUGGCUCGAUCGACGUCUUCGGCGUCAUCUCCUGAAUCGAUGAUUUCCGAUGUCUCGACGCUGUCGUCGUCGAGUUUGUCAUCUUGCUCUUCCGGGUCGGCCCCUGUCUCCAUCCUGGGCACUAGCGCUUCUGCCAAGCCUCGCUUGGCCGUGAAGGCAACGCUCCGAUGCACCAGCAACUCACUCAAGGAAGGUCGGAAGGCUUUGGCCAUCGCGUCUCCUAUCGAUGAGGGCCCGCUUGGUGAGAUCUACAGCUCGCCUGAGACCUACUUGGGCGCAGUUGGCCAGGUCCCAGAUCUAUCCAAUAUCUCGCUGGGCACUCCUGUCGAUCAUGAGGCAGCUCAAAGCCUUUGUGAACUGUCGGGGCGGCAAUGCCGGAAACGUGGCCGCACAGGCUCCGAGGAUAUUCUGUGGCAGAACCAUGUCCGCCACCUGAUGAACCUCAAUGCGCGGAAUGAGGGCAAGGCUUCGGAUCGUUCCAUGGGCGAUACUCCUUCUGAUCCCAAAUAUCCUCAGUCUCUUUCCGCUGCUCAACUCAGUCUCCUGGCUGUUAGCGCUCCUUUGUCUGGACCAGCUGGCAUGAAGCGUGCUUGCUGUGGCAGCGAAGCUAGGAAGAUUGCGCUGAACCCGAGUGUGCGAUCGGAGUACUUGGGCUAG